AUGUUGGAAGGAAAGUUUGAUGAAUCCACCUUGCUAAAGAAAAUCGUUGACGCCAUCAAGGAUUCCGUCAAGUUGUGCAACUUCAAUUGCACCGAGCACGGCAUCACUCUUCAGGCGGUUGACGAUUCGCGUGUGUUGCUCGUGUCGUUGUUGGUUGGCCAGACUGCUUUCAGUGAGUACAGAUGUGAUCGAGACGUCACCUUGGGCAUAGAUUUGGAGAGCUUCAGCAAGAUCAUCAGGUGCGGUCAAAACGAAGACUAUUUGACAUUGUUGGCGGAGGACAGCCCCGACAGCGUCAUGACCAUAUUCGAAGAUAAAAGGAAGGAAAGAGUGAGUGAAUACAGCUUGAAGUUGAUGAAUAUCGACUCGGAGUUUUUGAAAAUAGACGAGAUGGACUACGAUUCCGUCAUCAACAUGCCCAGCAGCGAGUUCGCCAAAAUCGUGAGAGACUUGAAGAACUUGAGCGAAUCGUUAAACAUAAUCGUUACUAAGGACUCGGUCAAGUUCACAAGCGAAGGUGAAACCGGAAGCGGAAGUGUGGUGUUGAAGCCAUACACAGACAUGGACAAGCCCGACGAGAGCGUCACCGUGCAUUUGGAUAAUCCCGUUGACUUGACUUUUGGUGCCAAGUACUUGAACGAUAUCAUCAAAGCCUCCAGUUUGUCGAGUGCAAUCACCAUCAAAUUGGCCGACAAGACUCCGGCCAUGUUUGAAUUCAAGUUGGAUGUCGGUGGUUAUUUAAGAUUCUACUUGGCUCCUAAAUUUGACGAAGACGAGUGA